CUGUUGCUAUAGUUGGCUGAGUGGAAAGUGUCGGAAAAGUUGUCUCAUCCCAAUUUGCAUUCUAGAAAAUAGAGAGGGAGAGUAAGAUCGAGCGUAUACGUAAUACGAAUACCUUACGUAUAAGCAUCAAAAUGCUUUCUCGUAGGGAGUGCGAGAAAAUAUUGGAAAAUGCGCUGGACAGUGCAGGAAAAACCAAAUUAUUAGACUAUCAUUUGGUUAGAGAUCUGAGUGCUAUCGGCUAUCUAGGGGACUACUAUGCACUGACUCUGAGGUAUUGCUAUGAGGAUGAAAUUCAACUCGUAAGGGAAAUUCAACUCUUUGUAAAAGCUAUGCCCCAGCAAAGUGCCGAGUUAGCUAAAGAGGACAUUUUCCAAAAAGAGUCCUGGCUCUACGAUACUCUCCUAAAACAAAUGCAAACAUUUUCCAACAUAAAAUGGAGUGCUGAUUGCAUUUACACCCGAAAUAAUUUAAUGGUUCUGGAGGACAUUAAACUGAAGGGCUUCAGAGCAGCCGGGUCCGCAGGAUUCAAUGAGGUUCUGAUGCAGCAACUGAUUAAAUCGGUUGCAGCAUUCCAUGCAGCAAGUUUGGUCUACGAACAUCAAACUAAAACCAAUAUAGGACAGGCAUAUGGUGAUCAUUUGCUGGAAAUCACUGUAGCCUCGGAAAUAGCCUGGUUCACCACAGGACUCUCGGCUGUCCUGGCUGCUGUUCGAAGUCUUCCCCAAUAUCAGGGUAAUAGGGAAUUAUCUUUUAUAGAUAACCAACUUUUAAACAUAAUGGAGAAAAUCUAUGAGCAGGCAGCUCCCUCAAAAAAGUACAGGAACGUCCUUUGCCAUCGUGAUCUUUGGGCGGGUAAUAUUUUCUUUCCUCCGGAAAGCACUGGACCAGCUUUGCUAAUUGAUUUUCAGACCUGCCGCUACACUCCCCCAGCAUCGGACCUCAAUUUUUGUCUUUACAUGAAUUUAAGUUCAGGAAAACGAAAGCUGAUUGAAAAUAAAUGCAUUGAUUUGUACCAAAAAUAUUUGGUGCAAAAUCUCACAGACUUUGACCUUGAGGAUCUAGCGAUUUCGAAAUCAGAGCUGACCGAAUCCUACGAAGAGUUCCGUUUAUUUGGAGUGGUCUACAGAGCUGUGGCCGCCACGGUGGUCAAGGUUCCCACGGAAUUUGUUACGAACGAUUUCAAGUAUGUGGAUCGCAGCAAAGUGAUCCUAUCUUAUAUGAAAGCGAACCAAGAGUUCGGGUCCUACAUGGAGGAGUGUUGUGUGGAUGUCAUGGAAAUGGCCUUGGCCAGGGCAAACAUGUGAGGAAAUC